GAUCACGGCUGAGAUAUUUACCGCACGGCAUCAUCUAUGUUAUCUCUACCGCGUUGAAACGUUAUCGGAUAUUCGGAUACCGGAGCUCGCGCGCUCGUGAAUCGUGAUAGCACAAGGAAUACGAUAUACGAAAUACGAAUACGAUAUACUACUGCAGUAGACACUAGACGACAGACGUACUGUAUUGGCGUACUGCUGCUGUUUGUAGCAUUACACUACAAUUAUUGCUGCGCACGUUUGUCUAGUCAGACUAGUACUGUGACUCUUUUCGAAAAUUUGGUUUAAGAUUUAUCUUUGAUCGUGCAUAAAACGUUAAAUUUUUUUCACGUACAAUUUUCAUUCACAGUUUAUGUUACUCCUUCUACAGCUGUUUUUCCGAAUGUUUGACGAUAGAAGGAUACGUUACUAGACCGAUGGCUAAUCGACGAUGAUGACGCGCUCCGUUAACACGUCAUGCAGCUGUUGUGGCUGUCGUAGGUAGCCGUUAUCCGUUGGGCAAUAAUGGAUAUCCCGGAGAUUGUGAACGAUUCUCCGCCUUCCAAAACAACCGAAAAUAAUGAUCGCGUCGACAGCAUCCAGGUAAUGGAUGAUGACGAGGAGGAAGAAGAAAUUUGCACGUCCGACGUAAACCAACUGAAAGUACCCGGUGAAGAUCAACUGGAAAUAUCCAAUGAAAACCAACUAGAAGGACCCAGUGAAGACCAACAGAAAGUACUAGAUGAUGUCGUUCGACAGCAACGAGAUGAACUAGACUACUAUCAGCGGCAAUUGGCCAUCAAUGAGCACAAGUACCUGACUGAUGUCAGCGAUUUGCGAUCGCAGUUACAGUCAUCAAAGAAAAUGUAUGAUACUGCUAAGCAUGAGAAAGAAGCGGCGUUCAUGCGCUAUGUGCUUAAGGAAAAGGAAAUUCUGGACUUGAACACAGAAAAGAAAAAACUGAUUGAUAGUUUGAAAGACAAGGACAAGCAGAUUGCAUGGUUGAAAGCCAACUGUAAAGAUGUGGCCAGUUUUACGACCGUAAUAGAAACAAAAAACAAAGAAAUCAAGGAAUACAAGGUUAUAAUUGACUUGCUCAAAGAUGACAAGUCAAAAAUUUCAAAAGACUUGGACUUCUGGAAAACUAAAUAUGAACACGAGUCAAAAUGUUCUCAUGAAACAGAAAGUAAAUUACUGCACGAAAUACAAGAACUUCAAAAUAGAUUGGAAUCAUUGACCAAACAAAAUGAAUCAUUUAAUGAAGAGAGUAAUUUAGAAAAGAUAAUACUGAACAGUAAAAUGUAUUUGGAUUUGAAGAAAUGUUCAGAGCAACAACUUCAAGAGAUGAACAAAUUAAAAAGUGUUAUCGAAGAGUUGAAUAGUAACUUUACCAAAUGCACCUAUACUGUAAAUUCUUUGGAAAAUGAAAAUAUUGAUCUUAAAACUUAUAUGAAAAGUUGUGAAAUCAAAACCAAUGAAUUGCUUAUGUUCACUGAAAAUUUGAGUUCACGCAAUGCAUCACUGCAGUCAGAAUGUUUAAAUUUACAAACAGCUUUGGACAAAUUAAAAAGCGACUGUGAUAUAUUGAAACAAAAAAACAAUGACCUCAAGAUUGCUUUCAAAUCACAAGAGGAUAGUAUUGCGAAAGAAAAAGAGCUUUAUGAUUGCGACAAAAAAGAACUGGCCAGUCAUUUGGCGCAUAAAAUGCAAAUGAUUGCAGACUUGAAAACCACAUUAGAGCGCACUCAAGAUGAUUUACAUGUUUCUAAACGAAAGUUUAAAACUACUGUGUCUGAGCUGACCAAAGAGUUACAGAAAAAAAACAUUGUUGAUACCUCUGUUGAAAUGAAAAUGGUCUUAGACAAAAUGGUCAAACUGCAGCAAGAAAAUGCAAGGAUAUGCGAAAAACUGGAUUUUGUCGAAGACCACAACAAGCAUUUGCUAUGCGAACUGAAAAAAAAAAGUAGUAUUAUGCAAAAACACGGUAUAUCUGGUGGCAAGAAUGGCCUAGUGCCUGGUCUGAACGAACAGAAACCUGAACGUUACUGAUAAUAUGAGUACUAUCAACAAUCGACAACUAAAUAUCACUGUACAUCUACUAAUUUAUAAGUAUUCAUUAUUGUUUUUUUUAACUUUAAUAUAAUCUAAGUAUUUAAUCUAGUCCUAUUAUAUUAUUAUUGAUUAUCAUUAUUAUGAAUGUUGUUACUCUUUAUUACAUAAAUAAAAAAAAUAAUGUACAUUUA